GCGGGGAAGUGGGACACUAGUACCAGAUACCGACAGCAACGAGAAGGCAAUUAGCCAAUAGGUAGGCAAGGUUAUAUUUUCGGUUUGUAUUUUUUUCCUUCUCUCUCUUCACUCGUUCUUUUCUUGUUAAGAAGGGGUUAUUCGUUCUCCCGACCUUUUGUUUUUCCCUUUCCCCUCCAUGUUUUAUGAGGGGUUUUGAGCUUCUAGAUGCACUUUCUUGCGAGUGCUUUUGCCACUUUCUUCAAGUCUGGUAGGAAUCUUGCGCUUGCGUAUCGAGGGGUUGGAAGUCCUAGAUUGUUUGCUGGCGGUAAAGCUUUUCGAGGGUUGAGUACUGUAGGGUAUAGGUAUAAGGCGUACGAUACUAUGGCGGGGUUACCGAAUGAGAGCGCUAUCUUGGAGACGAAUGAAGUGAGGGAAGAGGCUGUAACGGAAAUCAAAGAUAUUACUGGGGAAUGCGACGGCAAAGAUAUGGUGGGAGAGAAGGUAGCUGUGGGUUUGGAGAAGAAGGAAGUGAAGGAACUGGAAUCGAAAAAGUUGUCUGCUGCGGAGUUUAGGGCGUAUAAUAGUAUGGCUGAGCAUAUGGAGUAUUUUGUAAGUCUCCUGCUUUCCCCUCUGCGUAGGAUGUAUUUCGAAGAAUUGCAUGACUGACCAAAGUUAGCACAAUCAUUUCCGCCAAACGUGGACCUUCCUUGCCACAGCUUGUGCCAACAAUCGUCGUCCUGCAAACACAUCCCUCAAACAGUUCCUCUCCAUCGCAUCACAGUUUCUCUCCCACCUUGAAACUCACCACGCGAUCGAGGAGCAGCAUAUCUUUCCCGUGUUGAAAAAGAAAAUGAUUCAAUUCCAGGAUACGGCGACCCUGUUACAACAACACCGGGAAAUCCACAAGGGUAUGGAUGGAUUGGAGCAAUAUAUUAGGGAGGUGAGGAGUGGAGAGAGGGAGUUGGUGUUGAAGGAGAUGGAGGAGAGGUUGCAGUGGGGGGAGGUGCUGUGGAAGCAUUUGGAUGAAGAGGUGAAGACGUUGGGCGCGGAGAAUAUGAGGAAGUAUUGGACGGUGGAGGAGAUGAGGAGGAUGCCCAUGUGAGGUGGAAGGGAGGGUGCGGUGGUUGAACUUGUAAUUUGCGUUUGUGUUUACAGCGAAGCUUUGGGAAGCGAGUAUUGAGAAGAGAGAGUCUGAUGGCAGGUGUGACUGAGGUCCUUGAAAGGCGCUCCUUUGCAACGGGAGAAAAUUCAAGUACGAGCCUCCCUCGAAUCCGUGGAUCCCGAACAUUCAUGAAUGGAACUCGGUCCCUAAUAGACUCGCGUGCUGAGCUGCGCCUGCCCUGGCUUUCUUAUGGGCGUCGUGUCUUGGUUCGGCUCGAGAUCGUUCCUUCCAGAGGCAGAAGCGGAAUUUGACCUUGACGGGACCUCAACACCAACUUAGAAGACAGGCUCCUUCCCUUCCUUCCAUUUCAACCUCUCGUUCUGGACUCUGGACUCAAUGCACCACGUAGAGUGCCCACCUGCACUUGCGCAGGUCAAGACUCGCUCCUUCCCUCUAUUACACGGCAGAGAUGCAAUACCCCUCUCCAUGUCCAGAGUACAAACCAACCCCCCUCUUUUCCCCACCCAAUCUUGGAAGGUUCUAUCCACACAGUUUCGGUAGGUCAAAAAUAUAUCGCUGGGGGUGAGUGGGCGAUACCUACCUACCAAUCUAGUAGCUAUUGGGCGACAGUUAGCCUGGAGGAAAACCCUCAUAUUUACUUUAGAGGAAGUCCCUCAUCUUUAAAUCCGUACUACUACUAGAGGUAGGUAUUUUAGAAGUUACUACUAAGGUACAACCGGUGUAGACUUUGUAGCAGUGUUAGCGCUGUCUUGAUCUAAAUGUAACUGUUGUACGCC